AUGUAUAAAUUUUCAACACUUAGGAAACCUUUUGUGUAUUUUAUUUUAGGAGGUAUUAAUCAAAUUAAAUAAAAGGACCUGGAUCUGGAAAAGGUACUUAAUGUGAAUUACUAAGUAAAAAUUUAAAAUAUGUACACCUCUCUGCUGGAUAAUUAUUGAGAAAUGCUGUAAGUAUUAAAUGUAUAUAUAAUCAGAUUAAGAAUAAUUCAGAGCAUAAAAGUACAAUAGAAAAUUGUAUUAAUAAUGGAGGAAUAGUUCCUGUAAUAUAUGUUAUUUGAUGUUUCUAAGAGUCAUGUUACAAUUAAUUUAUUGGAUAAAGCAAUUUUUGAAGAUAUAAGUUCAGACACAUUUUUGAUAGAUGGAUUUCCUAGAAAUUAUGAGAAUAUGGAAAAUUGGAUAGCAUUAAUGGAUAAUAAAAUUAGGUUUAAAAGUGUUAUUCAUAUUCUUUGUUCAAGAGUAUAAGUAUUUUUGUAUAUAAAGACAACCAUGAUUUAAAGAAUAACAGAAAGAUCUAAAACAAGUGGAAGAUCAGAUGAUAAUAUCUAAACUUUGGAAAAGAGAUUUAUCACAUAUUAAAAUGACACUUAUAAAAUAAUUGAACAUUAUCGAAAUAAAAAUUAAUUGAUUGAAAUAAAUGGAGAUAAUUCAAUAGAAAUAGUCUAAAGAGAAAUAUUGGAAUCACUUAAUUAACUUAAUAAUAAGUGA